GCCCCGGGGCAGAGCCCAGGCAGUGCCCCGCCGCUUCCUGGCUGGCUCACAGUGAUCCCGAGCGUGGUCCUCUGCGUGGUCCGCUGCUGGGUGGCCGUCCAUCUAUCUUUGCUUUCUGAGACCCUGGCUUUUUCCGGGAAGAUCCUCCUCCUUUUGCGCCCACUCGCUCUGCUUUGCCCAAAGCUUACUGGUCCUUGAAGACGGGUUCAGUGGAAGCCCCUUCCUCCCUUCCAUCAGCCUUGUCAAUGUGCCUGAUAGUGCCCGGGGCCUCAGCUCAACCUGGAGAAGCAGACCCCCAGUGAACAGAAAACAGCCAGGAGCGAUUUCAAGUCCUCUGAAAUCUCAGCUGGUCCUUCCUCCCCAGCCCGCAGCCCCCAUCCCACCUCGACCCAAUCCCCCUCCCCCCAGCCCUCUUUUCUAACCUAAGGUAGCAACAGGGAUCGUUUUCAAAUGAGGGGAGCAAUGUUUUACUGUAUACUUAUGGAUGAGCUCCAUACACUCUGAUUUCUAAAAGCUAAAUGUUCUUGUUGUAUCUGCUUCGUCCACGGUCUGACCAGGGUUUAUUCUGUGGACACAGGUCCCUUUGGGAAACUGGCCACUGUCCCUUCCCCCAGGCCUGGUGUCUUCUUUCUGCCUGGCCUGCCUUUCACCAGCACCCUGAACCAACUCUUCCUGCCUACUGCUCAGACAGGUCUUCAGCCACGCCUAUGACCUUGGGCCUGCAGCUGGCUCACGGGGUGCUUCCCCAAAACAUUGGGCUCACUCACCCUGUCCUUUACCUUCCGGAUCGCUCUGCAGGGACUGUCAACUCCCUACAAGCCCUGUGAGGACCCUUGUCAACGCUUUGUGGCCUCCUGGUGUUAGCUGGACUUCUUGGGUACGACGGCGCCCUCCAGUGGGCAUAGUUCUGGUAAAACUCAGUCUCUCCCUGUGCUCUCCAGGUUACUGCAAGGCACCACCAAGGGGAAGGGCAUGACAAAUGGAGCUUCCUUAAUCCCAAAACCCGAAAUCCAAAAACUGGAGAGAUUUGGGGCACCAGCAUGAUGCCUGCCACAAGUGGAAAAUUCCACACCUGACCUCAUAUGACAGGUCCCAGUCAAAACACAGGCUCAGUGAACAUAUUGCACACAUUUACCUGCAGGCUAUUGUCUAAGGCAUAGAUGAGACGUAAGUGAAUCUCAUGUUACAUCUGAGUCUCUUCCUCAAGAUACCUCAUUAUGUAAAACGCAGACAGUUAAAAAAAAAUUCCCAAAUGUGAAACUCUUCUGGUGCCAAGCAUUUUAGAUUAGGGACACUCAGUCUGUAUUCUCUCACCUAGCACAUCAGGUCUACCUGCAUUCAUCCUAUAAUCAUGGAAUGUUAACCCAACAAGGAAUUUUAGCCCUGACUUUUGCAUUCAGCUCUCAUUUUACACGUGGGUAAAGCCCUAAAAUGUUGGCCAAGUGGCUUGCUCAUGGUCUUGGUGGCAGAGUGUGCAUUACCUGGGUUCCCAGAUGCAUUGUCAGUGUGACAGAGCUGCAUGGAUGCUGGUGGCUGUUCCUCUGAAGCCAUGUGUGGAGUCUGGGCUGGUCCAUCACUCUGUGGACCUAUUUCCUUGUCUGUGAGCGAGACAGCCAUUCCCUAUCUAUCUAUUGGGUUAUGCUGGGGUCACAAAGGAUUAGGGCUAGGAAGCUGUAAUAAUAAAUAAUAACAAUAGACAAUUCUAGAACUAUUUGCAUGUUCCAGGCACAACUGUGAGUCCUGCAUGUGAGAUAAGUUCUGUUAUUUCUGCAUUGUGAGCCAGUACUUGAACUCCAUUAAUUGUGUGCAAUUAAUGUCUAAGCAGACUUUGAGCACUAUGCCUGACUGUACUGCGCCAUGGUCUACCACUCAAAAGUGCUGUAAGCUCUGUAUCAUGUCUACCACCAGCUCCUUGUGCUGGGUGAAUCCAUUCAGGAGCUAGACUUGUCUGGAAAGUGACCUAUUUUCCAAUAGUUCCCAUGACCAGGCAUCCUUGUUGUGGUCUUCUUCAGAGACCUGACCUCUUUAAGGUCACUCAUUUGUUAGGUGGGAGUGACCCCUGGACACUGAUGCAUUCCACUUGAGUCUGAGCAUCUUCACCUGGGAGGCAAGUGGACCUCAUCUAGGUCCAUGGAAGGAGUGAGCAGCUUCUACCCAAGGGCAGAAGAGUGGAGAGACAACAGUUUCUUUGGCCUGCCACUUCUGAGACUGAGAGUUGGAGUGAAAAGAAAGGUUGGUAGGGGCCAAAGAGAGCCUUAGCUGUUUUUCUCCCAGUCUAACCCUGUCUGUGUCAUGCUAAGCCCUGUUGGAGUUGCUCCUUCCCACCACCUUCUCUUUUUACUGGAGAAUUUAGUUCAUUUACGUUUAUUGUGUUUUUUCUUUUUACAGUUUUAUUGAGAUAUAAUUCACCUAAUGUACAGUGUACUCAUUUGAAGUGUACAAUCAUCACCACAAUCAAUCAGUUUUGGGGCAUUUGCAUUACUUUGUAUUUUUUAGUUCUCUCCUUUUGCCCCCCUCCAAGACUUCAGUUCCCUAACUGACUUUCUGUCUCUAUAGAUUGUCCUCUUGUGACUGCCUUCUUUCACUGACUGUAAUGUUUUCAGGGUUCAUCCAUGCUGUAGCUUGUGUACGCACCUCAUUUCUUUUUGUAGCUGAAUAGCAUUCAGUGUAUGGAUAUGCUACACUUCAUUGGUUGAUCUACAUUUGGAUAUGUUCACCUGUGGGCUCUAUGCCUAAAGCUGCUGGGAACAUCUGUGUGGAGGGUUUUUGUGUAAGAUAGGUGUUUUAAUUACUGUUGGAUAUACACACAUGGGAGAGUAGAAUUGCUAGGUUAGAGAGUAAUUCCACAUUUAACUUUUUGGGGGAGAUGCCAGACUCUUUUCUAGAGUGUCUGCAAAUGUGUUCCAGUAAUUCCACAUCCUUGUCAAUGCUUGUUAUUACGUUUUCUCCUGCUUAUGGUCAUCCUAAUGGGUGUGAAGUUGCUGGUUCAUGUGUUUGAUUUGCACUUCCCUGGUGGGUAACGAUGUUGAGCAUCUUUUCAUGUGCUUAUUAUCCACGUGUGCAUCUUCUAGAGAGGAAUGUCCUGUUCUUAAAUGGUUUACUUGCUUUCCUACCAUUGAAUCACAAGGAUUGUCUUGUACAUUCUAGAUGCAAGUCUCUUAUCAGAUAUGUGUUUUACAAAUAUUUUCUCUCUUCUAGGGGUUAUCUUCAGUUUUUCAGCAGUGUCCUUUUACGCAUAAAAGUUGUUGAUUUUGAUGGCAUCCGAUUAGCCACUCUUUUGUCACUGUGCUUUUGCUAUGGUAGAUUAAGAUGCCACGCCAAACCCAAGGUUGUGAAAAUUGACCCCCUGGGGCUGGUGCUGUGGCGCAGUGGGUUAACACCCUGGCUUGAAGUGCUGGCAUCCCAUAUGGGCGCCAGUUCGAGUCCCAGCUGCUCCACUUCCUAUCUAUGGCCUGGGGAAGCAGUGGAGCAUGGCCCGAGUCCUUGGGCCAUAGCACUCAUGUAGGAGACCCGAAAGAAGCUCCUGGCUCCUGGCUUCCGGCAGCUCUGACCAUUGCGGCCAAUUGGAGAGUGAACCAGAGGGUGGAAGACCCCUCUCUCUCUCUCUGUAACUCUGACAUUCAAAUAAAUAAAUAAAUCUUAAAAAAAAAAAAAAAGAAAAUCGAACUCAUACUUUCUUGGAAGAGUUUUAUAGUUUCAGCUCUGACAUUUAGGACUUUGUUCCACUUUGAGGUGGUUUUUGUGUAUGGUGUGAGACAGGGAUACACUUUGUUCUUCACCUGUGACUUUCCAGUUGUCCCAGCAUCACUUGUUUUAAGAAAUCACUCUUCCACCUUGGAUGGUCUUGGUGUUCUUGUUGCAAAUCAGUUGAUCCUAGAUUUUUGGGUUUAUUUCUGAACUUGGUUGUAUUCCAGUGACUACACUGAUACUGUACCAUCUUGAUUACUGUGGCUUUGCAGUAAGUUUUGAAACAGGAAAAUUUGAGUCCACCAGUUUUAUUCUUUUUUAAGAUAUUUUCGGCUAAUGGGGAUCCUUUUACUUCCUUAUACAUUUUAGGAUCAGCCUAUCAAUUUUUUAAAAAGAUUUUAUUUUAUUUAUUUGAAAGACAGAGUUACAGAGAGCGGUAGAGACAGAGAGAGAGAGAGAUCUUCCAUCUGCUGGUUCACUCCCCAGAUGGCUGCAACGGCUGGAGCUGUGCCUAUCUGAAGCCAGGAGUUAGGAGCUUCUUCUGGGUCUCUCACGUGGGUGCAGGAGCCCAAGGACUUGGGCCAUCUUCUAUUGCUUUCCCAUGCCAAGCAGAGAGCUGGAUUGGAAGAGGAGCAGCCGGGUCUCAAACCAGUGCCCAUAUGGGAUGCUGGCACUUCAGGCCAGGACUUUAACCCGCUGCGCCACAGUGCCGGCCCCAGCAGCCUAUCAAUUUUUUUAAAAAAUGAUUUAUUUAUUUAUUUGAAAGGCAGAGUUACAGAGAAAGAGAGACACAGAGAGUGAUGUUCCAUCUGAUAGUUCACUACCCAAAUGGCCACAACGGCCAGGGCUGGGCCAGGCCAAGGUCAGGAACCAGGAGCUUCUUCCGGGUCUCCCAUCUGGGUGGGAGGAGCCCAAGCACUUGGGUCAUCCUCUACUGCUUUCCCAGGCCAUUAGCAGGGAGCUGAAUGGGAAGUGGAGUAGCUGGGACAUGAACUGGAGCCCAUAUGGGAUGCUGGAGUCUUAGCAGGACUUAGCCCACUAUGCCACAACCCAGUCCUCAGCUUAUCAAUUUCUAUGAAGAAGCCAGCUGGAAUUCUGACAGGCAUUGUGGUGACUCUGUAGAUACUUUAGGGGAGUAUUUUCAGUUUAACAAUAUUUAAUCUUCUAGCUCAUGAGCAUGGGAUGUCUUGCCACUUAAUGAGGUCUUCAAUUGCUUUCAAUGAUGUUUUGUAGUUUUCAGAGUAUACUUUUGCACUUUUAUUACAUUUAAAUUUGAGAAUUUUAUAAUUUUUGAGGCUAUUUUAAACCAGGUUUUUUCUUAAUUUCAUUUUUUGCAUCAUUCCUUGCUAGAGUAUAGCAAUACCACAGGAUUUUGUGGAUUGAUUUUUUUUUUUUUUUAUUCUGCAAACUUGUUGAAGUUGUUUCUCAAGUCUCAUUGUAUGUCAGGGAGUUCUUUUGGAUUUGCUGUAUGCAAAUUCACAUCCUGUGUGACUGGAUAAUGCUUUAUUUCUUCCUUUCCCGCCCAGAUGAGGCUCAUCAGCUGGUCUGUGGAGGGCUUCCUCUGCAGGCCGGGCUGGACACUGCUCGUGCAGAGCUCCGGGUAAAGGGGAAGGAGCCCACCCAGUUGGCUCUCCUGUGUUGGCUCUUAUCUGUCUCCUUACUUCCUCUCUGCCUUUAAAGCCCUUCUCUCUGGUUGCUUCCUCCAGGAAGGUAUGUAAAGCUUAUCGCUCCAGAAUAAGAAAACACCCCUGAAAGCCGGUGUAUCUCAGGAGUCGAGUCCUCCCCUGACCCCGUUCGCGUCAUGUCCAGCUCCCCUUCCGCCCCGGUUCUCUGGUUCUGCUCCCUGUCACACGGGAACGUUCACGUGCAAGACCGCGACAUGGUGGCUCAGGUGCUGCGGGCGGAGGGGGACGCGCCCCAGAGAGCCAACAUGGAGUCCUGGCAGGAGUACCGAGACCUGCGGGGCAGGGCCACCGGGCUCAUCUCAGCGGAGGGUGAACAGUGGCUCAAGAUGAGAAGAGUUUUGAGACAGAGAAUUCUGAAGCCGAAAGACGUGGCCGUAUUUUCCGGGGAAGUCAACCAAGUGAUCGCUGAUUUGAUUCAAAGAAUCUACAUCCUGAGGAGCCAGGCGGACGAUGGAGAAACUGUGACUAAUGUCAAUGACCUUUUUUUCCGCUAUUCCAUGGAAGGCGUGGCCACCAUCCUCUUCGAGAGUCGCCUGGGCUGCCUGGAAAACGUCGUUCCCCAGACAACGGUGGAGUACAUCCAGGCGCUGGAGCUCAUGUUCAGCAUGUUCAAGACCUCCAUGUACGCGGGCGCCAUCCCGCGGUGGCUCCGCCCCCUCAUCCCGAAGCCCUGGCGGGAGUUCUGCAGGUCCUGGGACGGCCUCUUCAAAUUCAGCCAAAUCCACGUAGACAAGAAGUUGAGGAGUAUCCAGUGCCAGAUGGACCAAGGCGAGCGGGCGGGAGGGGGGCUUCUCACCUACCUUGUCCUCAGCCAGGCACUGACGUUGGAGGAGAUCUAUGCCAACGUGACUGAGAUGCUGCUGGCUGGCGUCGACACGACGUCAUUCACCCUGUCCUGGGCGGUGUAUCUCCUGGCGAGGCACCCAGAGGUGCAGCAGACGGUGUAUCGGCAGAUCGUCAGGAAUUUGGGAGAAAGGCACGUGCCGACGGCAGCCGACGUCCCCAAGGUCCCGCUGGUCAGAGCUCUCCUGAAGGAAACCCUGAGGCUGUUUCCUGUGCUACCGGGGAAUGGCCGGGUCACCCAAGAAGACCUGGUUAUUGGCGGGUAUCUAAUUCCUAAAGGCACCCAGCUGGCUCUCUGCCACUAUGCAACCUCCUACGAGGACGAGAACUUCCCCCGGGCCAGGGAGUUCCGGCCGGAGCGCUGGCUGCGCGAGGACGGCCUGAGCAGAGUGGACAACUUUGGGUCGAUCCCCUUCGGGUACGGCGUCCGCAGCUGCAUCGGGCGGAGGAUCGCAGAGCUGGAGAUUCACCUCGUCAUGAUCCAGUUGCUUCAACAUUUUGAGAUCAAAACAUCACCUCGGACUAAAGCUGUUCGCGCCAAAACACAUGGGCUGCUGACACCCGGGGAGCCCAUCCACGUGCGUUUUGUCAACAGAAAGUGACCCGGGACCCACAGACAGGGGUGACAGAGCACAGCCAGCUGGCUACACCCCCCAGGGUGUGCUCUCAUGAUCCCCACAGAGGAGCGAUCACUCGCCAUGCUGUCUGGCGGCCUCCCGGGUUCUCAGGACACUUGGAAGUUCUUACGCAAAGGAAUCUAAGGAGAUGGCCAGUUUGCUUUGGUGCACCGGAAGUUGUCUUGGGGGGAAUAGCCGUUUAGAAACUGGUGGCCCAAUUUUCACGUAUCAGAUGCCGUGCUGUGCUCAGUAUUUAACGGUUGGUGGUAUCUUACGCAUUUGUGCAAGGAAGCAGUACUUCCUGAAGAUUCGUUCUCUGCUGCUGGCAUCGGCAGUCUCCGACACGACACGAGGCGAUUUCCACUUGCCUCUAACCUGAACAGGGAACCUUAGGAACGCCUCUGUGAUGCUGUCAUUAUGCGCUGGAGGCAACAUUUUAAUGCUAAGCACCAGAUUUAGAUCCUAUACAAGGAUCUCAGGUGAAAAGGGCCACAUUCUUAUUUUCCUCUCCAAACUGCUGCUUGCUUUUCUAUUCGUGGCUCCGAAUGCAAGGGAGCGUUAGUGUUUAUUUGAGAUGCAAUCAACAGGAAAAUUGCUCCCGGUGAAGUGAACAAUCACCAGAUUUUCUAAUCCAGUCUCAAUCCGAGGCACAGGUCGACAUGAUUGUAGGAUUUUGUUGCCUCAACUGAGAGAAAUGAAUGAAACCAGCAUCGUGGACAACAGUGUAACUUCAUAACAUUUUUAUUUUAAGGAAAAAAUAAAUGUAAAAAGCAGACGUGCUGCAGAUAGAGCAGUAUGUGUAUCUUCAGUGUGUGGCUGUGCAUAUCCAAAUUGAAAAUGGGAUGCAGCUGUCAGGACUGGUGUGUGGUGGUGGGGUACAAGCAUGGCUCGGGAGCUGCCGUUGAGGCUAGUUCUGCCGCCUUUUGUGCCACCUACUGGUCACUACGAGGAAACACUGAUUUGAUAACGUUCUCUCCUUGCCAUCGUACCAGAGACAGCCCAUUCCCGCUUCUGUGAUUCUUUUUAUGUAAUCCUUAUCCACGAGUGACUUUGCUGCCAAUAUAUUCCAUGAAUCUUUUUUUUCCCCUUUAGAAAGUUAUUCGGCAAAACAGCCCUUCGAUAGCAUAGAAAUAAUAGCCACGUCACAUACCGUUUCUGUUAACCUACAUAGCAAAGUGAACUUUCUGUGUGAUGACAGAAUGCUCUAAUAUGAGUUCUGUAAGUACAUGUACAGUUAAAUAUGAAAUUAUGGGGGCUGGUGUAGUGGCAUAGUGGGUAAAGCUACUGCCUGCAAUGCUAGCAUCCCAUGUAGGUGCCAAUUUGUAUCCCAGUUGCUCCACUUCUAAGCCAGCUCCUUGCUAAUGGCCUUGGAAAAGCAGUUAAGUUGGCCCAAGUGUUUGGGCCCCUGUAAACCAUGUGGGAGAGCUGGAUGAAGCUUCUGGAUCCUGGCUUCAGCCUGGCUCAUCGUGGCCAUCUGGGGAGUGAGCCAAUGGAUAGAAUCUCUCUCUCUCUCCCUCCCUGCUCCCAACUCUGACUUUCAAAUAAAUAAGUAAAAAUCUAUUUUUUUACAUUUUUAUUGUACUUUAAAGGCAGAGUUACAGAGAGGCUGAGGCAGAGAGAGAGAGGGAGAGUUCUUCCAUCUGCUGGUUCACUCCCCAGAUGGCUGCAAUGGCUGGAGCUGCGCCAAUCUGAAACCAGGAGCCAGGAGCUUCUUCUGGGUCUCCCACAUGGGUGCAGGGGCCCAACCACUUGGGCCACCUUCCACUGCUUUCCCAGUCCAUAGCAGAGAGUGGGAUCAGAAGUGGAGCAGCUGGGACUCGAACUGAUGCCCUAAAAUUUUUUUCUUAAAGAUGAAAUUCUGUCUCAGUCACAGGCCAAAUGUUGGAUAAUACAUUAACUUUUAUAAACUAGAUGCAACCGGAUUCUGUUUGAGUGAAACUAGAAAACACUGAGAAUAACUAAGCAGGCUGAAUGGUGUCUCCUCCCCUGGGCGUGCAAUGCGACCCUGCAGGGCUGUGUGGGAUCAGCAGCAGGCCAACAGCGGGUGCAGCAGGUCAGGGGCGUGACACGCACGUGGCGACACGCAUGCUGCUGCCCAGUAUUAAAGGAGGGACAACCAGACCUCAGGAGCCUCCUGCUGUGACGCAACAGGGAUGCACAGGCCCUUCCUUCUGAAGCAUCCUGGCCAAAGGAACUGAAAUUGAAUUGGACAUGUCUCCAGAUCCACUCCCAGUUUACAGGGAAUUCCAGGUAUAGACAGGUUCAAAGUCCAUGGAGAUGCCGCCAGCAAAAUCCAGAACACAGUCAGCCUUGACUUAACGUUAACAGCGGUCUGACUCAGAAGGCUUUUCCUGUGUGAAGAUGCGACAGUGACAGACCUUCAGGAGCAACCGUACUGAGGAUGGCGCGUUUGGAUCUUCUUUCCAGGCUGGUGCCAUGCAGCUGAUGUCCACGAUGCUGCAUGCCAGCAAGAACCCACCCCACCCCCACCCCAGGCGCAGGUGCUGCUGGGCUGAGCCAUGCAAUAGGCAGGCGGUGCUUUUCUGUCUCGGGCCAUUCUGAAUUCAUCAUGGGUUAACUGGACAUGCGCCUAACCCAAGCUGAGGAUCUGUACGAUGAAAGCUACGGGAUCAAUAGCUCGAGUUUUUCAACACAUAAAUGCCAAGAGAAAUAUGAAUGAGUUAGGGAGAACUGUUAGAGAUUAGAGAGACAUUUAUGGGAUAUAUCAGCCAAGCACAAUUCUGGGCUUAGUUUGAAUCAGCAUCAAAUACACCAUUUGUAAAAAAACAUUUAAGAGAUACUUUAAAAAUGAAGGCAAAAAGAUUAAUUCUUCCAGUCUGCAGAGAAAGAGAGAAAGAAAGAGAGCGAGCGAGAGAGAGAGGAACAGAACUGGAAAAGUUUAAACAAUGUGUAUUCAGAAUUGAGGAGUUAAUAUUCAAUUUUUUGAUGUAAUGGUUAUGUUAACAGAGUAAGAGACCUUAUCUAAUGGAGAUCUCCCUUAAAGAUACACAUGUGUAAGGAUCUAAGGUUAUGCUAUCUUGGAUUUGCUUUCAAAUCACCUAGCUUUCUGUGGGGGUGGGAAGGUGGGGAGGGCUACGGAGGGGAUGGGAGCAAAGACCGGGCCAAGGAUGCUCACCCUCGAGGCAGGAUGAUGGGUCCACAGGGGUCUCAGGAGACCAUGUUCUCUACUUUGUGGAUGUGUGGGCAUCUCCAUAAUAAAGAAGAUUCUGAACAGACAAAAGCCCUGACCGG